UGUCAUUGUCAUUUGUCAUUUCAGAAAAAGGAUCGUUGCAUUUCUACUUAGAAAACGCUGAAUUCUUUAAAAUUAAUGCUUUUCUAUGGAUUUAGUAUAAUUAAAAACGUUGUACUUAAUAAUUUUAACUAUGUUCUGGAGCGGCAAUUAUAUAGUAGUUAGGGAGUUGAAGUGUCUCCUAAAGGAGGAGAAUGUAACGUUAACGCAAAUCCUAGAAGCGGAUGACAUUCUGCAAGAAUGUAAGGCGGACAACAAAGCCUUAAUACAAUUUCUCACAAGGCCAGACAUACUGGCGGAGCUUAUAACUCUGAUAACAGAGGAGCCCCCCAAGAAUGUAGAGCUGGCUUCCCAAUACAGACAUGCCAACAUCGCCAGUGAGGUGCUCACCAGCAACCUGUCCAUGCUGCGGGACCGCCUGUCUAUGGAUGCAGCACAAAUGAACAGGCUGUGUGACUUUGUGGACCGGGAUCCACCGCUGAAUCCCUUACUGGCUUCCUACUUCAGCAAGACCAUAGAGAUGUUGCUUGAGAGGAGCCCAAAGCAGGACUGGUACCUGCACCACAUCGUGUGCCUGCACGUGCUGGACGUGUUCAAGUCGCGGCGAGACUUCCUGCCCAACCUGCUGCGCCACAUCUCCACCUCCGCCAUCUCCGACACCUUCAAGUGCUUCCUGCACCUCGGCAGCCCUUUCAAUAAGAUUAUACUGGAGUGGUUAGACGAACACCAGUUCCUGGAGAGCCUGAUCGCGAUCAUCUGCGGCACGUACGACCCGGACGAGGCGCUGGCGGCGGCCGUCGUGCCGCAGGGCGACGCCGCCGCGCCCGACAAGCUCGACUCCAACCACAACGCCGAGGGCGCAGACACCGCGGACACACAUACGGAAGUAGUCAAUAACAGAACGAAGGUAGCGCAGACCAACGGCGAGACGGACGCGCCGCGCGACAGGGACGCGAGCAGCGAGAGGCGCGCCGGCGAGAGUGACGUCACGGACGCGGCGGACAGGGAGGCGCGUGCGGAGCGCGUGCGCUGCGUCGCGGCCUUCAACGCGGCCGCGCUGCUGUGCGACAUCGCCGUGGACGCCGCGUCCGUCGACCCCUUCAAUAACGAAUGGUACGCGGGGCGCUCGAUCGCGGCGCGCCUCCGCGGCGAAGAGGCCGUGCGCCGCCUGCUGCAGGGCGUGUUCACCAGCCCGCCGCGCGCGCGCCACCACGCGCUCGUCAACGCGUGCCGCCUGCUGCUGGCGCUGCUCAGCACGCCGCCCGCGCCGCCCGACCCCGCCGCGCAAGAAAGCGCGGAGGCGCAGGAGGAGAGCAGCGCGGCGGAGUACGGCGCCGUGGAGCGCGCCAUCGCGCCGCACCUGCCGCUGCUGCACCACGCGCUGCUGCACGACGCGCCGCGGAUACUUAACACAAGCACGGAAAGUAGUCGGGAAGGCGGCGAGCGUGGCGGCGAGUGUGGCGGUGAGCGGGGCGGCGAGCGUGGUGGCGAGCGGGGCGCCGAGGUGUGCGGGGAGAAGGUGGGCGCGGCGCGUGUGUCCGUGGCUGCGCUGGUCGCGCGCCUGGCGCUGUCCGAGGUGGACGACGUGCCCACUGCGCUCAUUAGCUUGGGCACGGCGGGCGUGCUGGUGGACAUGCUGUUCCAGUUCCCGCACAACAACUUCCUGCACGCGCAGGUGUGCGCGCUGGUGCGCAACGCGCGCGCCAACCGCCGCUUCUCGCACCGCUACACCGCGCACUUGAUAGAAGAAUGUAAUCUGCUAACACGCCUGAUGGACGCGUUUGAAGAGAACGAAGACAAAAAGGCGGGCGGCGUGCGCGCGGGCUACAUGGGGCACGUGGUGGCGGCGCUGCGCUCGCUGGACGCCGCGCCGCCCGUGCUGUCGUCGGCGCUGCAGCAGCGCUGGGACGCGUUCCGGGAGAACAAGCUGCGUCCGCUGCUGCAGCGACACGACACGCCUCUCGGCGGCAUCUAUCCCUGGGAGAACAACAUGUAUGAGGUGGGCACCACCAUCCAGGUGCUGAUGGACAACAUGUCCGACACGCUGGAGGACAGUUAUGACUUCAGCGAAAUGGCAGCAAGUUUAGACGAAGGCACAGAAGCUUGCGAGCCGCUCGCCGAGCCGCUCGACGGACUGCGCGAAGAUCAGAUGGAAAGAAUGCAACAGAGUUCAAAAAACUAUUUUUUAGAGCUGGUCAACGAGAGGCGUUCUGGUUUCGAUGACGAGCUGUGGGACGACGCGGAGCCGGCGCCGCGCGCGCUGCAGCAGGACUCGCCGUGGGAAGGCGCGGGCGGGGGUGGCGCGGGCGGCGUGGAGGAGGGGUGGGCGCAGUUCGACGCGUUCGCACCCCCCGCGCCCGCUGAUCCCUUCACGCCCCUCGACACGCCCAUGCUGCAGGCCAUGUCCUUCUGGUCCAACUCUGAAUCACAAGAGCAAAGCGAGUUCGAGCGAGGUUCACAACCCGCGGCGGACGGAGGAUUCGAAGAAGACAAGGAUGCGCUCACGCUGCUGCUGGCGAAGAAGAUGCUCACCGCCUUCCACAGCAUGGCGCCCGGGGACGCCGACUUCCAGAUCGACCAGAACACGCCCCAGGCCAUGGUUCGAGAACUUCAAACUUCUGGAAAUUACAACCUCGACGUUAAUAGAGAUGUUCCUGAAGAUUCCAACCGAAAUCAGCUGUCAGAUAAUUUGGAAGAAUGUACUAAUGUUCAAGACACAUCAUCACAUGUUCCUGAAGAAAUUUCGAAUGUUCAAAACAUAUCAUCGAAUGUUCCUGAAGAAAUUCGUAGUGUUCAAAAUUCUCAACCAGACGUCCGAGAGGGAAGCCCCGAUGAUAAAAGUCCCCGAUCGAAUGCUCUUUUAGAAAGUUCCAAUGUUCAAAAUUCCCCAUCCAAAGUUCCAGCAGAAAUUGCAUGUGUCCGGAACUCCCGAUCGGAUGUUGAGGGAGAUGGUGACGUUGAAAAUCCCUCAACGAGUGUCCUCGAGGGGAUUUCUGGUGUUCAAAAUCUUGAAUCUGAUAGUACCUCGGAAAUACAAAGUGAAAUCGAGUCACGAAAUCCCCAAAGUAUGCCUUCGACAAACGCCCCUAGUGCCUCUAGUACCUCCAGCGAGGGCCCCGAGUCCCGCGCCCCUCCCGCUGACAGGUGAUCGUUCCGCGCCGCGCGCGCCGCGCCACCUCCCUUCCCUCCGUUCCUAAUCCGCGAUUUUAACAUUAACUACUGAAUACCGAUGUUAACUUGUACCAAGGCCCGAGUUGAAGUUUUUGGGGAACUAACUUAUCACCAAUAAAAGAGUAUACAUUUUCAGAUUGCACUCGCCAUAUUUGCUCUGUGUGUGAACUGUCAUGUUAAAAGUACGUUUGACCCUUAACAACUAAAAUGGUACUUUUGACAGGACAGGACAGUUGACACUUAGAGCAAUUAUGGCGAGCGAGUGCACUAUAUUGUAAAUUGAUACUCGACACUUUGACCGAUCAAGAACAUCUACCCAGUGAAAAGGUCACCAUCGUGUUAGCAUCGUACGCAAUUUUUGUACCUUUGGGGUAAAACCUUAGGCACAUUUAUCAAUAUCGUGCGUGCCUUUAUAUGUAGAAAAUAUCAGCUAUAUUCCAAAGAAUGCAUGUCAGUUGUGUGACUAGAUUCGGUAACUGCGGGCUCUGUGGCGGACAGCUGUGUGAAAUGAAAAAAAAUCAUUGGAUAGAAGCUUAGUUAGUACCGGAAUUCCAUCAUAUAUAAGGAACUAUUACGUUUAAUUUCCUAUAAUCCACCAAAACAGACAAUUGCGCAAUAGAAUUGUGCGUUGUCGAGUCAACAUUUCUUGAGGACUCUGAUUUCAAAGUGAAAAAUAUGUGGAGUUUGUUCUGGAAGAUUUGUGUGGUGUUGUGUAUUGCUUGCUUUUCCUGUUCGACUAGUGGGAGGGCGGACGGUGCGUAUCGCAUGCUGCACAUUGUGCCAUACAGAUUUGUGUUUUAGCGGAUUAUAGCAAAUUAAGCUUGUAUAUAGAAAUUGGUUUUUUUUGCGUCCCCUGCGUACGAUAUAGAUAAAUGCGUGCUUGCAUGCGGUAAUAACGAAUGUGAACAUUGCGUCUAUCACAAUUAAAAAAUAACGAAUAGUCCAAUAAGUAAGAUAUUCGGCAAAAUAUUUUACUCAUACCUCAGAAUGUAAUCUAAAUAUUCCAGCGUAGAAGUGAUUUUUAAAUUUAUACAUAUACACGAAUCUUCUGUUUAUAUUGUAAUAAUUAUGUUACAAGUUACGAUCUGUGAUUGCGGGAACGUACAUUUGUAGUUGGAAUUUUGUCACAAUUUUCAUUUUGAAUGAUACGGUAUAUCUAUCUAUUUUUUAUUUUAUAGUAAACAACAACUUUUACAUAUUUCCCGUUUUAAUAGUAGCCUUUUAAUAAAUAAAUGUUACAAAAAUGACGGUCCAUUGAAAUAUGUGUGCUUUUUGAACUUUGUAAUAACUAGGAUAAUAUACUAGCUAGACCAUCAAAAUAACCACCUUCUAAAUAAUCCAUUACUAAAAGUUGAAACUUUUUGCUAAAGUUACAUUUCAGUAAGAAUUUAAUAUUAUAAUGUAUUAAUAAGGUGGGGCUUUGGAGGUUUCAUAAGGACGGAUACAUAUAUAUAAUACGCCACGCGAAGUGUGUACAAGUAAACACUUAAUUAUAUUGUUGGUAUUGGGAAAAAGAAAACUGACUUUGAACCUGCGCAGUGGGUGAUUUAUCGAUUUAUUUGGUAUUACAAAACGACGGAGAUGUUGUCAGUUUCUUCGUCCGAUUGGUUGGUUCGCGGUACAGUGUAUGUAGCAUUACACAAUAUUCUCUGCACUGUCUUCUGUAUUUUAUUUUUGCUUAAUGUCAAUAAAAGCGCGUAAAGAGGCGCGCUAUACGCGGCCCAUGCUACGUUAUCGUGAACUGGCAAUGAAAUAACACGAGUGAAAACCCAACUCCAGAAGGUCUGAGGCGCAAAGCAAGUCGCUUACGCGUUUCUCCGGAGUUUCUGCGAUUUGUUUAUCUUUUACUAGCCGAUGCCCGCGACUUCGCCCGCGUGAAUUUAGGUUUUUCGAAAUCCCGU